UCUACUGUUUCGAAUUGCACCAUGCUCCUGCAUUGUUUCAAUCCCGCAUGGUUUCUCCUUUCAUUCAUCGACGUUCUUUUCAUCUUUCCUUUCACUUCAUGUUUCCCAUUUUCUCUCGACGACACAUACUCAAAGCGCCGUGGAACCACCAAUCUCUCAGCCCAGCUGCAUUUCCUUGUCUUCACCGUAUCUUGUAUACCCUUUACUAUUUUUCCCCUUAAUACUACUGGUGUCAGGAUCAUUCUUCGGUUUUGGGAGGCCUCAUAUAUUGCCAUAUUUGGUGGGUCAGGUUACAUUACAUGUCAGUAAAGCAUAAGAUAAAAAGGAGUAUUAUUGUCCGGGAUAGUCAAUACCAUUAUAACAAGCGCAUCGCUUCAUCCUUACGUUCCGAUCACCCAACUCCCAAUGUUCCACAAACUGAGUGCCUACCUCACACUGCAGAAAUAUAUCCUGCCCAACAGUGCCUCCCCUUUACGUUGCAUGAUAUAGUAGCCUUCCACAAUAACCAUCACCAUCACCAUCACCAUCCAAAAGCAACCACCUUCAACUCAACCCAACGCAGCACACCCAUCUCACCAGUUCUCCACACAGAACAGAAAAUACUACCAGUAACAGAAAGCCACAUACACUCCAUGCACCAACCUAAACAAAGUAACCCCGGUACUCCACAUCAAGUCAUCAUACAAUCGAUCCGCAGACUGCAGAAAGGUAGUGCUAGGGAUUGGUUGGUCACGGAUGGUCCUGGGCGUACGUAUGCGGUUACGUGUCCGUGCUGGGAUGUGGUGCACGGUAAGCAGUGAGCAGGAUUAAAAGUACUAGUUAUGUAAGAGGGUGCAUGAGUGAUUGAGUGAGUAAGCGGGAUCUUUGCCUUUGUAUUUGUGCUUUGUGUUUGUGUUUGUAUUACUUUUACGGGGUAUGGAGUAUGGAGGUAUAUA